GUUCUGUUUGUUGUCUCUUUUGUUUACUUUUCUUCUUUUGGUUGUUUUCGCGUUUUGUGCUCGCGAUCCAUGAGCCUUCUGGCUCGGACGGAUCUUACGAGCUCGGUACGAAGCUUGUAACAUACAUACAUACAUACAUGCUCCUUUCAGGACCAAAACCCACCGAAGGUCUGGUUAGCUGCUUUGGUAACCUCGCUGUGCCGGCGCAUGGCGCUCCGGCUUUGUAGUCGAAAUGGCAACGAGAACUUCUUUCAGACCUAGACCCGUUGACAUAUCGCGCCAGCUAAACAUCGUUCGGGACGUUGCUGAGCUAGAUAAGACAGAUGACCUUGAACAGGCUCAAACUCAAGCCUCUGCGGCACCUACUGAGCAGGCUCCUCCCACGGGGCCACAGAAGAAGAAAAAGGAGGUCAAGGAAAUCCCCGUGCCGGAGGUCCGCAUAGUGCCGGGGUACACCCGCGAAUACCUCCCUCUCUUCCGAAUACCCGAAACCUACAUCCGCGGCAAGGGCGGCCUGGGCUGGUCGCGCGAGGACAGCUGCGAGUACGACCUGGAUAACGAGGACGAGGACUGGCUGGAGGGCUUCAACGCGCGGGGCGCCAACCGGCUGAGCGACGAGCGGUUCGAGCUGAUGCUGUGGCGGCUGGAGCUGGCGAAUGCGGAGGCCAACCAGCGGCUCAUGAGCGAACCGGGUUACGCCACGGACUGGCGCAUGCUGCCCGCCGCGGUGGCCGCCAUCAACAACAUGACCCGCGACGAGGCGCUGUCGGUGCUGCGGAAGCACGUCUGCGCGCGGGACGCCAUCCUGCUGGCCGUGUACGAGUACUGGCGGGGGAAGCGGGAGCGCUGGGGGAAACCCAUCCUGCGGCGCCUGCAGGCGCCCACCAACCCCAGCGACACCAACCCCUACAACGUGUUCAGGCCCCGCGAGCGCGUCAACCGGCCGCAGACCCGGCGGCGGCGUGAGAACACGCAGGACUGCCUGGACAAGAUGCGGCAGAUGCGGGAGAGCAUGCUCAAGUCCCUGGAGCUCACGGAGCUGCUCACCUUCCGAGAGGCGCGCAAGCGGGACAUACACCGUCUGGAUGUGGACAUGCAGCGCUACCAGCUGGCUCGCCACCAUCAGCCGCGGCAGCAGCUGGCGGCCAUUGAGGCGGAAGCGGCGGCGCGGCUGCAGGAGGCGCAGGCGCGCAGCAAGCAGGGGGAGAGCAGGCUGAGUGCCUACCUGGACUCCGCGGGAGGUCUGGGCGCUCCAGCCAUCAGCUACGACUCGCCGCUGCGUCGAGCGCUGCUGCGCAAGCGGCGACGGCAGGAGAUGGAGGGCGUUGUGAACGGAGAGGCAAUCUCCCGCCUGCCGCCGCCGCCGCUGCCGGCAGACGACGAGAUGCUGAUCCUCUACACGCCCGACCUUGGAAAGUUCAUGGGCCCGGCCCCACAGCAGCAGCAACAGCACACAUCCGCACCCUCCUCAGCGCCCGCGUCGCCCGGUUCCCCUGUUAACAACGGCAAGCCCUCGCCUCUGGUGGCCCUGGUUCCGGGGCUGGACAUGCGCUGUGUACGACCCCGCGUGUCCAGAUGCGGUCGUACAAUGUUGACGCGGUGCGACCCGCUCACAUUGGAACCGCACCCGCCGGCUCCGCCGCCGGAGCAGCAGCAGCAGCAACCCGGGUCAGGUGGAGAGGCGGGCGGGACGGCGACGACGUCGCCGCCGCCGUCGCCUCUGGCGUCCCGUCAUCCGAUGCUGCUGUCGUCGCAGCGUGAGAGCACACCUUGGGCUGCCGUACUGGAUUUGGAUUUGCUACCGGAGGGGAUUGCGGAUAAGGCGGCGUUACGAGCGUUACGGGAUCGGCGGCUCAAUGCGGAUCGCCUCAACGCAGCGAUGCUGCGGCAAACGCAGCAGACGUUGCAUCAGCAGGCGGCGGGAGGGAUGGUGGGGGCAACUAGUGUCGGAGCAGCUGCCGCCGCAGCUGCAACAGCCGCGGCGAAUGCAGGGACGUCUGCAGGAGGGGCGUUCCUUGCUACGCCCGCGGCGGCACAACGCCCGCCGCCGCCGCCUGCGGUUCCCAACACCGGGGCGCCUGCGGGAACCCUGCCGCAUGUCCCGCAGGCGGGAGCUCCCGCGGGUACGUUGCCGCACGUGCCUGCAGGGACGCCGGCGGCGGCAGUAGCGGCAGGGUCAACACCGCUGCCGCCCAUGCCUCCAGCCUCAGGUGCCGCGGGACAGCCUCCCACGUCAGGCGGCCUAGCGGGUCCCUCGCCCCCUCCCGGACCCCCGGGUGCGACUCCCUUGCCGCCACUGCCGCCGGGUCAGGCUGCCUUGCCAGCGCCCACGGCGCCAGGCAGUGCAGGCGGCCAGGCGCGGAAGGUGCCGAAAGUAGCUGGUGCAGCGCCGUUGGGAGGGGGAGGCGGUGCUGCGGCAGGAGGGGCAGCAGCAGCAGCUGGGGGGGCGGGGGGUGCGGCCGCAGGGGGAGCCCCGGCGGUGGCGCGUUCCCCGGCGCCUGGAGGCGCGGCGCUGGCGGUCAAGCAGCCGGCUGUCAGCGGCGGCGGGGCGCUGCCUGGAGCCCCUGCUGCCCCGCCGCACCACCCGGGCGCCCCGCCUGGAGCCGCACCCGCACCCGGUACCGCCUCCUUGGGCGCCGCAAACCCCGCCGCCACUCCCGGACCGGCCGGGCCGCUUGCCGCCGGCCUCGCUCCUAGUAUCCCCGCCGCUGCAGCCGCCGGCACCCCGGCACCAGGAGCCGCCGCAGUCCCCUCAGCAGCCGGGGUGAUGCCCGGGCCGGGUGUGGGCGGACCCAUGGGUCAGCUAGGAGCCGGAGGAAUGACGCCAGUGGGGCCGGCCGGUGGCAGCGGAGGAGGCGCGGCCACGCCCAUUGCUGGAGGUGGUUCGGUGGGCGCAGUGGGAGCUGCAGGCGGCGCCGGGGGCGGCGGCACGGUUAAGAAGAUGCUGUCUACAAGCAAGGCGGUUGCUGGACCCUCUUCCGCGUCGCAGCUUAAACGCGGUCCGGGGCGGCCACCCAAGGCAGCAAAGGCGACACCCAACGGCGAUGCGCCACCGCCCACCAAUACCACCGUUCCCAUGGAUAUGCUCUAACCCCGGCGGCGCAGCUUUCUUUACUACCUGUGCAAGGAGGCGGGCUUAGGGCUUGCGAGGAUGAAGCCACGACCGCCAUGCUAUGCGACAGCAAUAGAAAUAGCAAUAGCGGGACUGACGCGGCGAUAGUGGGUUACUGAUGACGGUGGCCGGUGCAGCCUCCUUUUGCAUGGGAGUGAUGGGAUAGGAUCAGAGCAUAAAGUGGGAAUGGAACGGGGAUGGGUCGUGACCAAUGGAGCUCAGUGUGGGAUGCGCACAGGGGAACAAAGGACCGGUAGGCGGUGGUCAUGCGCGCUCCUUUGCACUUAUGAGGUUGCGGAGGUGCGGUGACGUGUAGUGCGCGACAGGCGGAGCCAACACGACGACGGUGCUACGGGAUGAGGCAAGGGCUGUGCAUGGGGGAGUGGUUCAUCACUCCUGGUACUAAGGGGAGCUCUUGUGUACUUGGUGGUGGUGGGAGGUGAUCCUAAAGUACUGUGCUGGUUUCACUGUGUGCAGUCUUAUUCGGGUGGACUGGUGCUUGCUCGCGCCAGUACACUUGCUUCAUCCGAUGGCGAGGGGUGGUGCGAGAGGUGCACAAUGGUGGGCGAGCAGCCGUACGGGUCGGGCCACAAAGGGAAAUGACGGGGGCCUUGUGGGCGGGUAAAUGGGGGCCAGACGUUUAAGGAGUCUGGUGGACAUAUACUCGGGGGGCGAGAUGUGGUCGGUUUUGGGGUAACUGGUGGUUUGUGCGGGUGUGGGGUAUGUGGAUGCAAAGGACGCAUGAAAGGCAUAGGGAGAUUUGGGCUCGGUGCAUUCAAGCGAGGUGUUCGAUAAGAGCUGCAUAGCGUCUGUACGUUAGCCGUGCACUUUGGAAAGGAGGAAGACGGCGAGUCUGCUAGGCACGGCCGUCUGAGCUCCCACGCAAAGGGUGAAAGGGUCCUUACCGGUAUUGGGGUACCGGUAGCCCCCUGUAUGUAGCGUCGAUUUAUGCGCGCGCGGAAAGGAUGAGGACAGGCCGGUUUUGCUUUGCCUUGUGCAAGAUUAUUAAGCACACUGUUUGGCUGCGUGUUCCGACAUGCAAACAAAGGACCGAGUUGGUGUGCGGUCACAGUCCUGUGAAGACAUUCCUGG